GCGCAAACAAUCGGGAACGUUGUGUGAGAACGUUGUGACAUUUUUUUCAACAUUUUUCGGAACAGAUUCCAAAACCCGCCAGAAGUCAAUCACGUCGUUCGUUCGCCGAUGACUGAUUGGCCUUUUAUUGAAGAAACUUAUCGAAAUUCUCUAUCGAACGACCAAUCAGGCACGACCGACGACGAGAGAAUUCAAGCUUCUCCCCCACCCUUGCUUUUGGAGUUCUAUGCGCUCUCACGAUCGAAGCUCAAGGUCACCGAGCGAAUUUUAGCUCGUUCUCGGUCAUUCUCGGUGGAGUCGCCAUAUUUUGUAGAUCGAACGAGCAGAGCUUGGCCACGCCAUUGUUGCCUGCGUCACGUUAUUAUUUUGUGUUUUCCUGUUAAACCGUCGGACCGUUUUUUCAUCCUUGGUGAGGUGCGGCGGCGUACACGUAGAUAGUGCGAAGCUUUUCACGUAGACGUCGUGUUCGGUCUUCGGUGGAACGUUUUAGAAGAAAACGGACGCAUCGUCGCGAUAUCACAGAGAAGACAAGUAGAAGAAUAAAUGAACAAAAAUCAUGUAUGGCAAUAACAUCGAUCCUUGGGAACCUGGCUACGGGCCAGAGAGAAGGACUCACAAUUCCGACUACGAUUACCGCAACGAUUACGGUAACAGCAGAUCGCCGGAAUAUUCGGAACACCGUGACGUCGAUCAUCGUGAUAGGGAUCAUCGCAGUCCGGAUUACCGAAAUCAUCGCGGAAGGGACCGAGAUCGCGAGAGAGAUCGGUCAAGAGACAGAAGGGAUCGCAGCAGAGACGACCGUGAUCGUAGCUACCGAGAUCGGGAGGAUCGUUACGGGAGACAGAGAGAUAGAGAUUCAGUGGAAAGGGACAGAGACAGGGAUAGGGAUAGAGAUAGGGACAGAGAUCGUUCGAGACGUGACCGCGAUCGCGACAGAGAUCGGGAUCGAAGGGGGAAGCGCGAUGAUCGGGAUCGUGAUCGAGACGACGAUCACAGCCGAGAAAGUAUGGACUUUGAGCACGAUCAUGGUGGUCGUUCCUAUAGCUCUUCUAUGGAAGGGGUCCACUACAAAUCGCAAUCGCCCAACAACACCAUAAUGAUACGUGGGCUUGCUCAGCAUAUUACUGAAAAUGACGUGCGGCAAGACAUCCUCAGCUGCGGCCUCAUGCCUAAGGACAUCAGGCUGAUACGAAAAAAAGAUACAGGUGCUUCGCGAGGUUUCGCAUUCGUCGAGUUUAACGCGACUCAGGAGGCCGCACGGUGGAUGGAGAUGAAACAGGGAGUGCUGAUGCUGCAGGAUCAAUAUCGUGCUUUGAUGCAGUACAGCAUCCCGAAAGAGUGCCAUGUAGAUAAACCGCCAGCCAAAAAUACGCAGGAUUGGCACUGUGUUAAAUGCGGAGCGCAUAAUUUUAAACGCCGCGAAACUUGCUUCAAAUGUUCCGCCUCGCGAGCGGAAAGCGAGGAGGGCGGAGAAGGUAGCGACGAGAUCAGUCCUCAUCCUACCAACACCGUGCUCUUACGCGGAUUGGAUGUGUUAACAACUGAGGAUUCGGUUUUGCAAGCAAUGAAGAAUCUGUCGUCGAUGCCGAUACGUAGUAUUCGCAUCGGUCGCGAUUCUCUCACGAAUACGUCCAGAGGAGUGUGCUAUCUGGAAAUGGGUAACGUGGUGGACGCGAUGUAUUUGCAUACCGCGCUCACGAAGCAAGGUCUUGUGGUCGACGGUAGAAAGGUGGAGAUAGCGUAUUGCAAACUUCAUCAGGUCAAUAAUACAAACACGUGGAAAUCGAACGAUGCUCAGCCGCAGAGGUACACUUUAGACGACGUUGCUCAAUUGGCUGAGUACAGUGCCAACUUGUAUGCCAAAACACCCGCGCAAAAGGCCCAUUACCUUCAGUAUUACACUCAGUACUAUCAGAAUCAGAUUAUGCAGGGUUCGGCGAUCACGUUGCCAUCGCUGAAUCAGACGGAUCGGGUAAAUGCCGCCGCGGCAGUGGCUCAGUCCGCUAUUCAGCAAUUACAAGCGUCCAGAAAAUUAGGCAGCGAAACCGACGACGGGAAAGGACGACCAACUGCAGCGGCAUCCAGUUUGUCUGUGCCAAGUGGGAGAAUACCUGCACACUCUGGUGAUGGAAAAGCGUACUCUGUACCAGAUGUUAGCACCUACCAGUACGACGAGUCGUCGGGUUAUUAUUAUGAUUCCAGUACGGGAUUGUAUUACGAUCCGAAUUCGCAAUAUUAUUACAACAGUCACACGCAACAAUUCCUAUAUUGGGACGCCGAAACGUUCACUUAUCAACCAGCGAAAACUACUGCGAAUACGACGCAAGGAACUGUGAGCACGAUAACAGCGAUGGCAAGCAGUGCGGAUUCCGCGAGCAGUCAAGGUACGAGCUCGGCGACUGGUACUCAGGACGCGUCAAAAGAAGAUGAGAGUAAGAAAAAGGACAGCAAACAGGAUAAAGUGAAAGUAGCGAAGAAAAUAGCAAAGGAUAUGGAACGUUGGGCGAAAACGUUGAAUCAGAAGAAAGAGAACGCGAAGAGUAAUUGGAACUCCGAGUUUUCCGGUGUGGAUGGUAACCAAGGUGUCGGGAGCGGAGCGGCGGAUGCAGGAUACGCGAUCCUUGAAAAGAAAACGAUCGCGAAUCCUUACCACGAAGACGAGGAUCAAAGUAAUAACGGCUUGGUAGCCGCUUACGGUGGCGGUAGCGACACAGAGGAGGAGAUAGAGGACGUUCAACAAGAAGAGAGACAGCACACGGACUGGAAUAAGCUCGCGUGUUUACUCUGCAAACGACAAUUCCCGAGCAAAGAGGCGUUAAUCCGGCACCAACAGUUAUCCGACCUUCACAAACAGAACCUAGAAAAUUGGUAUCAGGUACGCGGUCUGGAUCCCAACGAUCCGCAACAGAGAAACAACAAAUACAGAGAUCGCGCCAAGGAAAGGAGAGCUAAGUACGGUGAACCUGAACCACCGCAACCCAAUAAAUUAAAAGAGAAAUAUUUGAAAACGAGAGUGGAAGAAGUGCCAGUCUCUUACGAGGAACCUACGCGAGCCGGUAUAGGUUCCGACAACGUUGGCAAUAAAUUACUACAAAAGAUGGGCUGGAGCGAAGGGAUGGGAUUAGGAAAAUCCAAUCAAGGUAGAACAAGUAUUAUCGAAGCCGAGAGGCGUGUGCCGACGGCAGGCUUGGGAGCGAAGACUUCGUCGUACAGUGCAUUACCGGGCGACACUUACAAAGAUUGCGUGAAAAAGAUGAUGUAUGCGCGAUAUCAAGAAUUGUCUGACACGUAGGAGAUAUUGUUAUAAAGCAAAUUUUAUAUAUACAAGUACUCCAUUUCCAUUAGACACAUGUAAUUACACGCUCCAUAUGUUAUCAUCCGAAAAAAAUACUGUAAUCCCACUUACUGUACUGGUGAUUGCACAGUGACAACGAAAUUGAAAGGUUGAUACUGUGCACACUAAUCGUAAACGCAAUACACAUUUAUACAUCUUCGUGUGAAGUUCCGUUCUCACGCUUCGCUGUAAUAGCAUUCUAUAUAAUGUGUACGAUACUGUUUUUUUUUUGUUUUUUAGUAGAGAAAUAUAAAAUCAAUUUGUCUCAAAAAGUGCGCAUAUUAUUUUCUACUCUUUGUUCAACAACAUCGGUUGUUCGCAAAUUGGAAAGAGCGACUAGUUUUUGUUUUAUAAUUAAACCUUUUGAUUUACACAUGCAAUACUCGUAGAAAAAAAUCGAUAUUAUAUCUGUCAAAAAAAGAACAAAAAAACAGGCACAAAAUGCUCUGCAAUGUGACACAAUAAUUUAUGCUUCAGAAUAACUCUUGUACAGCUGAGUACCAGUAAAAUAUAACGUACGAGAUCGAAAAUUCUUUUCAGAAUUCUGCGGAAAUAAAUAAAUUAUAUAAUAUAAAAUCGAUAUAGAAGAUUAAAGAUCUUGUAGCGUAAAAAACAAUUGUUAAAAUAAAAUAUAUAUCUAGGUAUUAUAUAUUUAUUUUUGUGUUCACACAUAUUUACAUAUUAAGUUUUGUUUGUUUGUUUGUUUGUUUUUUUUUAUCGUAAUUGUCAUAUUCUGGAAAUUACGGAUUAUGUACUUGUCACUAUGUACACACACACACACACACACGCAAACGCGCUUACACACAUUUUUUCAACACUAUUCCUACUCUUACUACUAUUAUGUCAGAUAUAUUAUUUAUCAUUUAUUUUUCUAAAGUUAUGUUUUACGAGAUUAAUGUAUGAAGUAAUAUACAGAUCAAGAAACAUUAAUAAAUAUACACGUGAAACAUUUA